AUGUCCCUCUUCAGGAUCGGAGGUGCCGCUGGCCUUCGGGCUAGUCGCCUGGCUGCUCCUGUCAAUGCUCGUUUUGUCUCCAAUGCCUCCAAGGGACCUUCUUCCGUCAAGACCGACCCGACUGAAGCACCCACGGCCACCCACUCGGGUGCCUCAUUGAUCAGCAAGCAAACUCCUGCGGAGGCUAUGACCCGUCACCAGCCUGACUAUGAGGCUACAAUUGACCACGGGACUUCGACCUUCUCACCAGUCCCCAAGCGUGUGAUGGAUGGCAGCGAGCCUGGGGAUGCCCUCCCCGCUGCUGUCCUCUCUGGCGCCCCGACCGAUCUCCAGGCCCGUACUGUCCGAAUCUUCCGUCCUUCAAAGCCCGCCACUCAAUCCGGCACCUGGCAUGGACACCACUGGCGCAUGGACUGGGAUAUCUUGCAGAAGGGCCACCGGUGGGAGAAUCCCUUGAUGGGUUGGCAAUCAUCUGCCGACGGCAUGCAGGGAACCCACCUCAAGUUCAAGUCUAAGGAGGAUGCUAUUGCCUUUGCGCAAAAGCAGGGAUACGAAUACUUCGUUCAAGAGCCUAACGAACGUCGCUUCACUCCCAAGUCUUAUGCCAACAACUUCGUCCACGAGCCUAAGAAGCUCAAGCACAUCAAGACCAAAUAA